AAGACCAUCUUGUCAUCAUCAAUAGUCAAAACUCUUGCUUUGUCUGAUCAACCUGAAGGAACCCUAAAAGUGUGGGGAAAGCACAAGGGGGGAUGGGGAGAGGGAAGAUUGCAAUUGAAAGGAUCGGUAAUUCAACGAGCAGGCAGGUUACUUUCUCAAAGCGGAGAAAGGGGUUGAUCAAAAAGACCAAGGAGCUGGCCAUCCUGUGUGAUGCUGAAGUUGGACUUAUCAUCUUUUCCAGCACUGGAAAGCUCUAUGAAUUUGCAAGCACCAGCAUGAAAGCAGUAACUGAGAGAUAUCACAAAUCAAAGGAGGAACAUCAGCAACUGCAGAAUCCAGCAUCAGACGCCAAGUUUUGGCAAAGGGAGGCGGCAAUCUUAAGGCAACAACUAGAGAACUUGCAAGAAAUUCAGCGGCAUAUGAUGGGAGAACAACUUUAUGGUUUGGGCGUCAAAGACCUACAAGAUCUGGAGAAUCAACUAGAAAUGAGUCUGCAGGGUGUACGAAUGAAAAAGGAACAAAUCUUAACUGACGAAAUACAAGAACUAAACCGAAAGGGAAAUCUUAUCCAUCAGGAAAAUCUAGAACUGUAUAAGAAGGUAAACCUUAUUCAUCAAGAAAACAGGGAAUUGUACAAGAAGGUUUACAGCACGACUGCAGCAGGCAUAAAUUCAUUCAUUCCAUAUGGAACUAACAUCAGAGAGGACUUGCAUGUUCCUAUCCAUCUUCAGCUAUGCCAGCCCCAUCAACAAGCUUAUGAGACGCCAGCAAAAGAAACAGAAUUGGGAUCGAUCCAACUUUCAACUAUGCCGCCUGGCCUGCCUUCUCAUAUGGUUGCUCUGCUCAAUAACUUUAUGAGUGAGAAGAAGAUGCGUUUCUCUUGUAGGUACCAAGCAUCUAUGUAGUAAAUCAUUUUGUACUAACUUU